UGUUUAGACCGUUUAGAUCGUAUUGCACCUUGGUUUUUAUAGAUAUAAUAUCAACUUCAGGUAGCUUGAAUGAAUUAUAAAAGCUCCUCAGAUGGAUGAUCAAAACACUUGUAGGACAGACAGUGUAGUCUAUACGCCUCUUUACUUCAUUUAAGUGUGUACUAUUUUAUAUUUUCGAGUGAUUUUCUUGGCGCCUCAGCAAUGGAUCAUGACCCAAUUACUUUGCUUUUGGUCCUUUUAUCACUCUGUUGGACUGGAGGGCAAUGUGGAACAAAUGUCGUGCAGGUCCCCAUCGGACUAGAAAGUGGGGCGAUAGCAGCUUCGAGUAUUACAGCUUCUAGUCAGUGGGACGUGACAGAGGGUCCUCAGAGGGGGCGGCUACACAUGGCUGCAGUAGAAAAACAGGGUGGAGGCUGGGUCGCCAGAAAAGCUAAUAAAAAACAGUGGAUUCAGGUUGAUCUGUUAACUCCGUACCGCAUUACCGGAGUGGCAACGCAAGGUCGUUUGGGUGAAGAACGAUGGGUAACCAGCUUCAAGAUUGCCUGCAGUACGGACAACAAUAUCUUUGAUACAGUGAAAGACGCCGUCGACCCCGAAGCUGACAAAAUAUUUCCUGCCAACAGUGACGGCAACACCGUAGUGUUCAACGCCUUGCCCGCGGUUAUUUUUUGCCGGUAUGUCCGUCUAAUACCUGUCACCUGGCAUACUUUUAUUGCACUGCGUAUGGAGCUGUAUCAAGAAGGCAGUGUAACAGGAACAGAUGCCGAGCAGGUUCCUAUCGGACUGGAAGGUAGGGCGAUACCAGAUUCGAGUUUUACAGCUUCUAGUCAGAAAAACAGUAUAUUUAACCCUUGGAGGGGGCGGCUACGCAUAGCUGCAGAGCAUAAACGGAGUGGAGGCUGGGUCGCAAAAAAAGCUGAUAUCCAUCAGUGGAUUCAGGUUCAUCUGUUAACACCGUACCGCAUCACUGGAGUGGCAACGCAAGGUCGGUCGGAAAAGUCCCAAUGGGUAACCAGCUUCAAGAUUGCCUGCAGUUCGGACAAUGUGAUCUUUGAUACAGUGGAAGACCCCGAUAACACCAACGCCGACAAAAUAUUUCUUGCCAAUAGUGACCGCAACACCGUAGUGUUCAAUCCCUUGCCCGAGGCCAUUUUAUGCCGCUAUUUGCGUCUAAUACCUGUCGCCUGGACUGGUUUUAUUGGAUUGCGUAUGGAGCUGUAUCGAGAAGGGACUGUAACAGGUCCCAUCCAGGAUGCUAGCCCUCUAGGCCUAGAAAGCGGGGCUAUCCCAGAUUCGAGCUUGACAGCUUCUAGUGGGUGGGAUGCUGAUGAAGGUCCUUCUAGAAGCCGGUUAAACAUAGCUAGAGUCGGAACCCUGAGCGGAGGAUGGUCUGCAGUAACAAACGAUUUGCGCCAGUGGAUUCAGAUUGAUCUUUUAGCUACGUACAGCAUCGUAGGAGUGGCAACACAAGGUCGUGAGGAUUUGUCCCAGUGGGUAACAAGCUUCAAGAUUGCCUGCAGUAUGAAUAGUGUUAGCUUUGAGACAGUGAAAGACCCCACUAACACCGACAACGACAAUAUCUUUCCCGGCAAUACUGAUCGAAACACCGUGGUUUACAAUCGCUUUCCCGUGCCAAUGUCGUGUCGAUAUGUUCGCCUUUUACCUUACACAUGGCAUGAACAUAUUUCCCUUCGUAUGGAGUUCUUUGGAGAACUCCUUGCAUCAACUGACGCACCAACAACCAUGGACACCACGAUGAACGAAUUACAGACUACUGCAGGUGAGACUACUGCUUAUUCGGAGACGAUACAAGGCGAUCAGGGAACGACCAGGACAGCAUCAACAACCUUGAAGACAUCAAGUGAAGGAACUGUCGCUAUGACCGCACCGACCAGAGCAACGCCCCCAUGGCUUCAAGCAUCAACUGACGCACCAACAACCAUGGACACCACGAUGAACGAAUUACAGACUACUGCAGGUGAGACUACUGCUUAUUCGGAGACGAUACAAGGCGAUCGGGGAACGACCAGGACAGCAUCAACAACCUUGAAGACAUCAAGUGAAGGAACUGUCGCUAUGACCGCACCGACCAGAGCAACGCCCCCAUGGCUUCAAGCAUCAACAAACAUGGACACCACGAUGAACGAAUUACAGACUACUGCAGGUGAGACUACUGCUUAUUUGGAGACGACACGAGGCGGUCAGGUAACGACCGGGACAGCAUCAACAACCUUGAAGACAUCAAGUGAAGGAACUGUCGCUGUGACCGCACCGACCAGAACAACGCCCCCAUGGCUUCAAGGUCUGCUGCGUGUUUUAGCGGAUAUGAACGAGACAGAAACCGUAGUUUUUGCAAUUUCGACGACCAUAACGGUGUAUUUCACAUUUCUCAUGCUUGCUCUCCUUCUUCGCUGCAUCGCCCGUGGGAAUAAAGGAUUACACAAAAAAGAGGUGAAACUAGACCAAAAACGCCCUCACCGGAUGUAUGAGCUAGUCAGAAUCCCUUCAUGAUGACUGCAGUAUCGCACCAACGAUGACAAAACCAAAUUACGUCUAAUUUUUACUUUGCAUUCAUUGCCAGUUUUACAUGAAUGAAAGACAAAGCUAAACGUGGAAGACGAUUUUUCUCGCGAAUUUGCCCCUUGCAAUUCGAUGAAACCUCGAGAUGGAAUAUGUACAAUAUGUUAAAUAAAAUGU